CCAAGUCAUCUACUUUAAAUAUCAACUACACUCGGACUCGAAACGUCACAGUGCUGAAGGGACCGACAGAAAUAGAAUAAGGAAGAACACAAACUGUAAAAGCUUGAUCUUCCUCGAGAUUUCCUCUGGUAACCAGAUUCUCUUCUUGCCCUCACCGUGACAGCAGGUCAUCACUCUCACAUCGCCGUUGUCAUCUGGACAUGAUGUGUGGCGUCACGUGGGGUUACCUGUGGGUAACGUUACUGCUGACGUCACUCAGACGAGGUCUAGUCUUUGCCAGGCAGCUGCCGAGGGACACAACUAAUGCGAGACAAUAUAUUACGGAAUUCACACCAGAUACUGAAACUCAUCUCGAUGAGAAACAUGAUAAGACGAGGUUUACAACAGAUGUUAGCACAACACUAGCAGCAAUCACCUACACAAGUGUUGUGGAGGAUGAUGAGACAGAGUUAACGACUGACAUUGAUGCAACAUCGACAUCAAGCACCUACGUCAGCGUUGCGGCAGCUACUGCAGCAGAUCCAUCAUCAUCUCAUCAACCACCAUGUAUGACAGACGCCGGGACAGACAGUACAUCGCCCUCUAAGACUGGUCUUGUGACAAAUUCUGAAAAAGCCGGGACAGACAGUACAUCGACUGGUCUUGUGACAAAUUCUGAAAAAGAUUUUGCCUCAACGUCUGAAACGACCCCUUGGACAGAUGUUGAAACUAGCUAUACGGAGGACAUGUCAGGAGGAUUUACUGAUGAUGAAAUGCGAGGACUAACCACUGGAAUCAGUUAUGCAGGGGUGACUAGUGCAGCUCCUGCUUCAGACAUUACGGCUGGUGUUACAGGAAACACGGACGUCACACUUACACCCGUCACUCCAGCGCUUAUCACAGUUCACAGUGAAGCAAUGUUCACAGCAGAAAGUGAAACAGAAGACGUCACUGCAGUCAGUAAGACGCUGGCAUCAACCAACAAAAUGGCGGACGACAAUAACGUGGUCUUCAUCACGGGUAUUGCGGGUGGCCUGGGCACUGUUGUCCUCCUUACUGCCAUCAUCGCUGUUUGUAUCUGCAGACGAAGGAGUAGAGGGUUAGUCUCGCUGCGUCUUUCGGGUCCCCAGGGGGAUUUUUCAAGGGUGUACAUACAUCUUCAUCGCAGACAAAGCCAUGAACCAAGGAACCAGGUGUACGAGGCUUCAGACAAGCUACGACCGUCUGCUACUCAGGGGCUGUCUGGAAUUUACACAGAGAUUGCAGAUGACUUUCACCCUCGGAGAACGUUGUCUGCCAAAGGCAACGUGAAAGCAAGUCUUGAAUUACGUAAGGACAACACUUCCAAUACAAGAAAACAACAGAGACUGGAAAAGGAAAUGACAAACUUUCAAGGCAAGCGCUGCCCAUCAGCAAUGCAUGGAGAGUCUAGAAUUUACACGGAGAUUCCAGAGGUCUUGGACCAUCCGAACACAUCCCCUUCAAAAGACCCAGUUCCAAUGCACGUGUCAGGACUCAGGGCUCCUCUUUAUAAGAGGUCCAAACGCCGUCUUCAGAGACCAGACAUGACCCCAGGGCUGCCCAGAGCCGGUGUCUACAAGAGGGGUCCAUCAUUAAAGAAAGAGUCUGGUAUUUACACGGAGAUAACAGGUAACGGGUGAGGUGACGUGUACUGAGUAUAGGAUACCCUGUACACAUGCGUGUGUACAAAAAGAGUGAAAUAAUAUACACAUAAUAUACACGAUUGUUGCUUUAAUACAAUUUUCUCACAUGCCACUUAUAGUUCCCAGCUUCUAACCCAUCCUCCCUCCUUGAAUCACCCACUUGUCCGCCAUGUCGUCUUCGCGAGUUGUUCCUGAUUUGAAUAUUCUAACAGUUCCGGAGGAA